GAGGAGAGGGCGAAGUUUAAUUGGGGCAUCGCGGCAAUGAGGUCCGGGAGCCCCGCUGGUGCGGACGCGGUCUGCGUGUGGCACUUGGGGCAGGAUGAAGCCCGGGCUGUGCAGGCAGCGGGACACGGCUGGGAUGUGUGUGAUGGAUGGGCCUCGGGGCACGCUGAAGGUCCGGCAGGGCCGAGCCUUACUUCACAGUGGGCAGAAAGCUGUGUGGAGUACAGUGUGAGGGCUGCUGAGAUCCCUGAGCUCGGAGCCGGGAGCUGCUGGGAGCUGCUGAGCUUUAUGCUGUAUGAACUGUCGUCUGUGUUCAGCAGAGCAGUGCUGUGCGCCUUCUGGGCCAGGCUGGUUCCUCCUGGAGACACUGGGGAUCAAGCCUGGGUGGAUCGAAGGGCUGCAGCAUCUCUCCUAUGGAGACAGGCUGAGAACUGGGUUUGUUCUGCCCGGAGGUGAGAAGGCUGCAGGGAAACCUCAGUGUGGCCUCCCAGUGCUUGAGGAGAGCUUGUAAGCAAGAGAGAGACUGACUUUACAUGGCUUGAUAGUGAUAGGAGAAUGGCUUUAAACUGAAAGGGCGGAGAUUUAGGUGAGAUUUUAGGAAGAAGUUCUUUACUCAGAGGUGCUGAGGCCCUGGCACUGCUGUCCAGACAGCUGUGGGUGCACCAUCCUGGGAUGCACGGAGGACCAGGCACUGGUCCCUGCACAGCCUGAUCUGGUGAGGGGCAGCCAGCCCACAGCGCAGGGGUUGGAACUAGAUGAUCCUUCAAGGUCCUCUCCAACCCAAGCCAUCCUAUGACUCUUAAGAUUUUCCCCUCUGUGUGUGGUGGUUAUUCUGUUUCACAGGUGAUGUGUUGGGGUGGAUGGGCAGAAGCAGGCUCUGAGUGGGCUGGAAGCAGGUGCAGUGGUUUUGGAGGUGCAAGGGCUGCUCUUUGGGGCAGUGAGCCCGGGGCUCCCGCUGUGUGCGUGGCAGGGCUCUGCUGGGGACCUGUUCUUCUCAAGGGCUGUGCCUUGUCCAGUGGAGAGCCAGCAGCUGAUUGUGGUGCUGGAGAAGUGUGGUUGUUUGCUCUCUUCACCCUGAUGUGGAGGUAGGUGUAUGUAACUGUGGUUAUCAGCUGCUGAGAGUGGUUAUCAUGCUGUGCUUCAAAUAGCCUGCUCGGGGAGCUGCUGGCGCCAGGGUGAGAUGUUGCUUUGCCCCAGGCCAGCCCUGCUCUGGCAUCCUGCUCGGUGGGUUCCCUGCCCUCAGGAACCUCCCCUGUGUUCAAGGUGUGAUAUUGGGUUCUUCUCCGCGUCAUCCUGCCAGAUCAAGGGAAUGCCACAUUGGGUCUGAGAGCUGUUAAGGAUCUGGUCCUCCUGAGAGGAGUAAAGAGUCCUGGGAUAGAUAAAGAUGGGGGUUUUGACAUGGAUUACGUUAUAAACAGCAUGAAAAAACCUGCCACAGCCAUCUCUUGUCUUGAGGCACAUUGAUGUAGCUGAGUACAGUUUGUAUCGCUGUACUGAGGGUUUUCUUGCACUCUGUGUCCCUUUAGAACUGCUGCUUGACCUAAGCUCUGCACAGGGUUGAGCCUGCUGGCUUGUGAAGUGCUGGCUCUUCUGAAGCCCCAGAGAGAUACUUGCAUCUGCUCUGGAACUGGGACCUUGUCCUUUUCAUGGGGAGCUCUGAAACCAGCAGUGAACAUGUCUGGAAGUAGAGUGAGAUAAUCUUUGGAUGAACAAAUCCAAGCUGUCGCAGGUGGUUCUUUAUUCAGAAAUUCAAAGAAUGUGUCUCCUCUGUGCAUCUGUGAUUCUCCUCAUGUUUUGUUUGUUUUCUUAAAAUCUUUUCUGCUUUUUGCAUCAUCUGUUUGAAACUUUUAGAAGGAAGCUGUUGUUCAGUAUCAGAUUAUGUUGUUUCCAUCCUUUCCCAUAGGGGUUUCACAACUGCCUUGUUCAGUUCAAAGAGCUGUGAGCAUUUCUGGACGGUCAGGUCUGACUCCCCAGGUGUUGCUGUGCUUCUGAAGAGUGUGCAGAACAGGGUAGAAGCAGGCACAUACAGAGCACAGCAAUAUUCGAAUGCACUCUCAAUGCAAACAGGCAGCAGGAGCACAUGCCUCACUUGCACAUGACCUGUCUUUCUGGCUUUUCUCUUCUAAUAAUCUGUUUUAUCUGCAUGUAGCAUUUCCUUCUCAACCCAGGCUGAAGGUGAAGUGGUAAUCAAUUCAUCUUGUUUCCUGGAUGCCCAGCAUAGCAAAGCCUGUGAGUGGAGCCCUGGUAGGUUCUCUCCAAGCAGAACUGUGCCUUUGAACUUUGUCCACGCUGCAGGCUCAGGUGUUCACCUUGUCAGCUGUCACAUGCUGUGCCUGGGUCUGUGCCAUUCCCUUGGGCUGUAACUGCUGCUCACCUCAGUGAGUAUAACUGACCCAUCCUUAAUAUGACCCACGUUUGACUUCUUCAUUUUGCAGCCUGCCAGCCCUCUACUCCUCUCUAAAAAGCCUCAUAAGUUAUUCUAUGGCCCUUUGAAGGUGAGGAGCUGCUGAUGGGUGCUGUUGGCCGUGCAGAGCGUGGCUGGGGAGCAGAAGCAGGUUUUGUUGGGUGCUGGCAGAACAGUUCAUCCCCGAUCAGGCUGUCCAGUGUGACCUUUGGGCAGGACCACGGCUGUCCAGGCUUUACUGCUCUCUUUGUCUACCCUUGGCUUGUGCUGGCACCCAAAUGUCACCAUGGACGUCCAGAAAUGAAUACGCUGUGUGUAUGCAGAGUGCUACUGGGUGCAAAAAAGCUGCUGAUUAAAGGCUUCUCUCUUCUGUAGUUCCUAUGCAUGAAAUAAGACGGGGUUUGUAGGAGAGCACAGCUGAUUUCCUGCCUCCACUCUUGUCUGUAGGAGCCCAUACACUGCACUGGCAUCACAUCUGCAUUUGCUUGAAGGGUCCCUUCAGUGAUAUCUGCUCUUUACUGGCCCAGAGAAUGACCUAACCCUGCAAGGACUGCCCGUGUGCUGUGCUUUGCUCUGUGAGGAGUUUGUGCUGCCCUGUGCUGGGGUGCAGCUCACUCAGGUACCCUCGUGUGGCCCUGGGUGGGCUCUGAUGCAGGACAUCAGCUGGGGCAGCCAGUGGCUGUGGUGUUCUGCUAGCACCCUUUUCCUUGGAGAGUAAAUCCUCCUGUUGACUUAUUCUUUGACAGCAUUGAAAGCUGUGUGGCUGGUAUUUCUUGCUUUCCUGUUUCCUCCUUUCUCAGUUGGGAUUGCAAUGUGCCUGGAGGCUUUAGCUUGGUAAUUUGCCAAGAAAUUAAACCCAUUAUGACUAUUCCUGUCUCUUUGCAGUGCCGUGUGUUCAGGUCAGCAUGCAUCCUGCUCUGGGGCAUGAAUCGUAUUUCCUGCUCGGAUUAGUUUCCUCUUGGCACGAAGUACAACCCAAGGUUCUGCUCUUGCCUGAGGAGUGCUUUUUUCCACUUUUUCUGGCACUUCACUGAAACUCAGCUGUGUCCUGCGUGUUUCCACAUGACCCUGAGCAGCAGGAGCUGAAGACAAGCUACACAACACUUGCUGCUUUAUUUUCUGAUCAAAUGGUUCUUCUGAGUCUGAGAGCUACCACAGUUUCUCUCCAUUUCACAGAAUUCCACAGUAGACAAGGAGCAUCAGGGAGGGCUGGGUAGAGAUAUGAAGGCAAAUUCUUCACCUUGCUGACUGGGAAGAACCUCAUUUGCUGACGGACAAAAUGACCUUGGCUCCAUUCCUAGCUCCCUGUUCGUCUCUGAGUAUUUCUCACAGAGUGCACAGAGGCUGUCCUUCUACAGCUGGUAUGGGAACGCCAAGGUCUUCCACUUCCACGUGCCAGAAGAUACCGUGCUGCUUCGCUGGCUCCUGCAGGCAUCCAGGGGGAAAGAACCUGAGUGCACCAGCAUGGAGGUCACAGUGUAUGCACUUUCGCUAUGGAGCCCCUCCUGUCAUUAAUCCACUGGGCACUCAUUUUCCUGCAAACGCAACCGUCCGUCCCUCCUAUAACAUCAGCAUCACUCUGAGCAGCACUGUGCAAAACACCACCUUUGUGAACAUCACUACCCCUGCUGCAGGAGACUGGUUCAUUGCUGCACAUCUCCCUGAGGCCGCUGGCAGAAUUGAAGUGAAGGGUUUCUCCACUCCAUGCACCUAUAUGUUUCAGGCAGAUAUGUUUGUGCUUAGACUCACUGAUAUGCCUGUUCUGGAGCCUGGUGUUGCCAUGCCACAAACCAUCGUCUCACCUGCUAAGCCACUGCAUGUCAAGGUUUUUGUUCCCAAGUACACUGCCAGAAUGUGGUUUGAGCUUCGAAGCUGCGUGACAAGUGAGCGGAAAGCAUGCGCUGUGCGGGUGGUGCUGGGCUCCAUCACACUGCCACAGUCCUUCCAGAGGAUCAUCACUUGCACAGGGAAUGUGAGCUGCAGUGUAAGCCUGGAUUCACUCCCUUGGGAGAAGUGGUUGCAGAUCAUGGUGGAGAGUCUUGGUACUGCCAAUGCCAGUGUGUCACUGGAGAUGCUGGCUUCUUUCACAGAUUGUAGACCGGGAAGUACCAGUUCGUUCCUUAACUUCAGCAGCCUAAACCAGAGCCAGGCUGGGAGUCCCACUGCAUCUACAGGAAUGGCUUUGCGCAACGCUUCUGAGCAGAGGGGCUUCUGCCUCCAAAGUCAGCCUGUUGUUCGUGAGGACCUGGACGUGGUGUCUGUGCGGUACAGGCUGCUGAAUGGUCCCAGCGUAGCCGUGUACUCCAUCUCCCCAACCCUCCUCCUUCUCAACUUGAACAGUGGCAUGGAUAGCGGGGGUUCCCUUGUGGUGAAUCUCCUGCUUAACAAGACGUCGCUGAGCCAGGCCAAUGCCACUGUGGUUGCAUGUGUGAGUGCUGCUUCGCCGGUGCUGUCUCUCAAUACCACGCAGAACUGCAGCACAGCUUUCUUCCAGGGCUACCCUCUGAGUCUGAGCACGUCCUCUGCGGAAGCAAUGCUGAUUGUCCUGUACCCACAGACAGAUGACUGGUUCCUUUCCUUACAGCUCAUCUGCCCGAAGGGCCAGAGUGAAUGUAACACCGCAGAAGCCAAAGUGACUGUGAUAGCAUACCUCACCCCCUGCUUCAAUGACUGUGGGCCGUAUGGACAGUGCAGCCUCCUGAGAAGACACGGCUACCUCUAUGCUGGCUGCAGCUGUAAAGCUGGUUGGAGCGGGUGGAGCUGCACAGACGAUACCAAGGCCCAGUCUGUUGGUGCACAGAACCUGGCCACCCUCCUGCUCACGCUGAGUAACCUCAUGUUCCUGCCAGCCAUAGCGGUUGCUGUUUAUCGGUACUACCUGGUGGAGGCCUCUGUCUACACCUACACCAUGUUCUUCUCCACGUUCUACCAUGCGUGUGACCAGCCAGGCAUCGCAGUGAUGUGCAUUAUGGACUACGACACACUGCAGUACUGUGACUUCUUGGGCUCUGUGGUGUCCAUCUGGGUGACGAUUCUGUGCAUGUCCCGGGUGAAGAAAAUUCUGAAAUACGUUCUUUUUGUCCUGGGGUCACUGCUAAUCGCCAUGUCCCUGCAGCUGGAUCGCAGAGGGGUGUGGAACAUGAUGGGUCCCUGCCUGUUUGCCCUCAUCAUCAUGAUCUCAGCAUGGGUUUACCACGGAGUGAAGCGCAGGCACUGCUACCCCUCCUCGUGGAAGCGAUGGGUUUUCUACCUCCUCCCAGGGAUCACCUUGGCUUUCAUCGCCAUCUCAGUAUAUGCGUUCAUGGAAACCAAUGAGAACUAUUACUACACUCACAGCAUCUGGCACGUGCUGGUGGCUGGCAGUGUUGCUUUCCUGCUUCCACCUCGGGACAAGCAUAAGAAGCCCUGGGCCUGGUCACAGAAGCUCACAUGUCGCUACCAGAUCUGCCAGAAUGACCGUGAGGAGCUCUACGCUGUCACCUGAACUGCUUGGCUCCGUGUCCCAGAGGUGAAGGGCUGGUAAGGUUGCUCUUUGCCAGGCCAGCCUGGGCUGCCCCUCUGUAGUGCACUGGCCUAUUUUACAUGCUCGUUCACUGUCUGGGGCAGCACAGAUAUCUAGACUGGAUUUAAAGAUGAAGACGGUGGGCUUGUCUUGUGAAGGCAGGUUUGAGGCCCCCUCCGCUUUUCUGCUGGGAUGGGGCAGGCUCUUCGUGGUUCCAAAUCAAGGAGUAGUCUGCCCACCACCUCCCCCAUGGCCCUGGGGGAAAUUGCCAACCCAUCUUCCCUCUCUACUGUAUCAAUAAGGCUUCGGUUCAGCCCGUGCUGCCCUGGAGCCAGAGGCUGCAGGACUCUUCCCUGCAUUCACUCUCUUAGCAGAGGUCUGUGGGACAGAGAUUUCCCUUGCUCUCCUGCAAUCAAAAUUUGCUUUGUCAAGAGAAGAACAGACUUCUUCUGCCCCUGACCUAGAGGUAGAUGCUUUUGAGUGCUCUUGGUGCUAAAAGGGAGGGAGCUGAUCUCAGCAUGCCCUGGGUCCUUGGUUGCUGUAUGCUAUGUGAGUCUAGAGCCCCUCUCUAGAUGGUGCCUCUCAGGUGAUGCUGCUCUUACCUAGUCCUGAUUCUGGAGGGGAUGAACAAGACCUGAACUUGGGCCCUAACUUCAGGAUCAGACUUGCCAAAAAUGUGAAAAAAUUGUGGGCAUAUGCAAGAGCAUCAGAAGUGUCUGCCUCAGAACUGUGAAACACAUAGCAGUGCGAGUUUAGUCUGAGGUUUUUUUGUCCCUUUUAGUACAUCUGGAAGGAGCUAGGCUACUCUACAGUUCCCCUUCCUCUCUUCAUGUUCAGGCCUUUGCUGUCUUCCUUUCUUUUGUGGGUGCAGCAGCUCUGCCCAGCUAACAUAGGUGGCAGUGUCUCUCAGGACUCAGCGUGUUGGUGGUGGGCUGUGGCACUUCACUUGCAAGUUAAAAUAGUUACACUACUCCCAGUUCCUGCACCUUUGGACAGCAAGAGUUCACUCUGUAUCUGUGUUGGGGUCAACCUGUGCUGAGCUGGAACUCAGGGUCUAGAGCAGCUCCAGUUUGAAAGCAUGCUUCAGUCCUGCAGUCAUCUGAGCACAGUAUGGUCUUAUGGCAGGUUUGUUAACGUGUGCUUUGAAUGUGUGCUGCACUCAGCACCUUUCCUGUGCUCGCACACAGCAUCACGUUGGAGCUGUGCCACCCCUGAGCUUGGCCAGUUGGGCUGAGAGGCUGAGAGUGCUGCAGUCACAGCUGCUCCCAGGCCAUUGGCAGCGUCUCAGUCCCUCCAAGGGCCACCUCCAUGAACUCCCAAGGUAGCUUUAGUCACUUUGGGUUCAUCUGUCUCACCUUAGCCUUACUGGAGGGCACUCAGAUGUAAGAAAGCAAGACCAGAAACAGAAUUGGCAAUUAGGAAAGUAGUCUUUGCCCAUCCUUAUUAUAUAGAUAAGGGCUCAAAUACAUGGUUCCCUGCCUGUUUAUUCCAGCCAUGGAGGAUGGCUGAGGGAGAACAGCUUAGGACUGCACAUUAGGACUCCUUUCUAUACUAGAGUUAAGAUAGUGAAGAUGCUGUGUGUUUUUGUUGCAGCCUGUGGUCUGGCUCUCUGCAAGCUGACUAAUUUCCAGACACCUGUGGCCCCAGUAAUUGGUGCAUAUCCUCCCACUCUGGGAUCAAACACCACGUGUGUGGUAUUUAAUCUUUCUAAUUGGGGAAGGUGAAGGUUCACACUGCGUUGCUCCUGUCUGGUGUGCGUACUGCUCAGAACUGAUCUGCAAAGCCAGCUAUCCUUUGGGAAGGAAAGAGCUAGUAACAGAGGAUAACACUUCCAAGUUCAUAGGAAACAUUUAUUUCUUUGCUUUCAAUAGCAGCCAGCAUUCUGCUCAGCUCUGCACUUUAACUUCUUGCAAUUAAUCCAGUCUUCGCCUAAUUAAUCUGCCUGUUAAUCCAGCCUCUGCCUUUGCACCAGGGAAGGAACAGCCCCAGGCACCAGCACAUGCUGGGGGUGCCCAGCUGGAAAGGCCCCUGGGGGUCCUGGUGGACAGGGGGUUGAACAGCAGUCAGCAGUGUGUCCAUGCCACCAAGAAAGCUGACAGUUCUUGGCUUCAUCAGGCGAGUAGCACCAGCAGGUGCAGAGAAACGAUCAUUGCCCUCUGCUCAGCAUUGAUGAGGUUGUGCCUGGAGUGUGGCAUCCAGUUCUGGGUCUCCCAGUACAACAGAGCUCUGGGUGUACUGGAGAGAGUCCAGUAACAAGCCACCAAGAGGCCGAAAGGACUGCAGCACCUCUCCUAGGAGGAGAGGAUGAGAGCUGGGGCUGUGCAGCUGGGGCAGGCGCAGGGGAUCUCAUCCCUGCCCGUAAAUACCCGAAAAGGGGGCACAAAGAGGACGCAGCCGGGCUCCUCUCAGCGACGGCUCUGGGCACGACCCGGAGCACAGCAGUUCCCCCCGCCCAGCGGGCAGCGCUGCCCUGCCGUGCUGUGCCGGAGCCCUGGCGCAGGCUGCCCAGAGGCUGCGGCGUCUCCUCCUUGGAGCUGCGCCCUGCUCUGGGCGGCUCUGCUGGGGCAGCGCUGUGCCAGAGCGACCCCGCGGUGCCUCCAACCUCAGCCGUGCGGCGACUGCGGCGAUGCAGCCUUCCGCAGCGCCUGCCUGCAGGUGCUCAGGGCCACCCCCCAUCCCACUGUGUUUCACUAACACACACAAGGCUCCGGUCCCCUUCCCUGCGCGUUCCGUCCACGCCCCGUGCGCACCGGGUGCCCGCAGCCUCGCGCCCGGCCGUGCUGCGCCGCCCGACUGAAGCAAUAAUCCUCCUCCAGCCCGUGGUGCGGCACCGCGCUGCGUGCGGAGCUGGAGCCGCGUUGGCCGGGAGGGCUUUUACCUUCUUUAUUUCGGGUCAAGUCGGAGGAAAUCCGAUGUCGGUUUUUUGGGUUGUUGGUUUUGUGGUUUUUGUUUUUUGGUUUUUUUCUUCCUUCGCUGUUCAUACCUGUGAUUAUUUUAUACGGUAAAUUUUAAAGCUUCUGAUUUUAUAAUUUAAUAAACGUAAUGGUAUUUGAGGGCAA